AUGUACCUCCCCAAUGGGAAACUCGCACGCCAUUCACCCAAAUCAAACGAGUCGGAAUUGGCUGUUCCCGAACCUACUGACGAGGGUUAUGUGGAGCUACGAUUGGAAAUGCCUGAUUUUGCUAAAGACUGGAGCGAUGAACAGAGUGCAGACUUUGCCCUACUUUGCUUACAACGGAUACCUCGUGCACUUGCCCGUAAAGUGAUCAAUCAAGUUAUGCCAAUGUUGAAUCGUGACUAUAUAUCGCAAUUGCCAUAUGAACUGGGAUUCCAUGUGCUCAGUUUUCUCGAUAGCAUUAGCUUGGCACGCAUGGCGAGCGUAUCUCGACAUUGGAAACAGAUCAGCUCAGAUCAAGCAUUAUGGAAACACUUUUUUCAACGAGAAGGAUGGCAUUAUGAUGAAAAAGCAAUCAAUCGUUAUCUCAGCAACACAUCUCCUCCUCCUCCACCAUCCUCAGCAUCAUCAUCAUCUUCGUCGUCGUCAUUGUCAACAAGAAGAAAACGCACUGUUAGCAGCACAUCAUCAUACAGCCGAACAUCCGAAGAACAUGACCCAUUGCGACCCACAUUAUCACCCAUUCCCUUAGCACGCACAGCAGCAGGUGGUAUCACCGGUGGUGGUAAUGGCCUACCAUCAUCAUCCAACCCCUUACGUACUCGUAGCAACAUUCGACGCACUGAGAUGUUUAAUCGAUUACGAUCAGGAUACACCACCAAUGAUCAGCGACCCUCCCCAUCCACUUCUUCUGAUACCACCCUUGUUUCACCACCAGCAUCACCUACUUCACCCUCUCGUUCUCAACCUCUAUUAUCACGACAUGUAUUACGAUCCUCUGAAAUGAUGCGUGGUAGUAUAUCCACAACAUCGCGUCCUCGUCCCCACUCUUUGGUGUCAGCACUUACGAAUGCUUCUUCAGCUAUUACCAGCUCUAUUGUUCAUGAACGCAUGUCCAAAAAUCGCCCUUCACGACGAGAUGAUGAUACAGAUCACUACCAUUAUGAUCCAAAGACCGACACACGAUUUAUCAAUUGGCGUCGACUCUAUCGCAAUCGAUACUUGAUUGAUCGACGUUGGCGUGAAGGAAAAUACAAGACGCGUGCCUUUCCAAAUGAGGAGGAUGUCUCAUUUAUGCAUUUGGAAGCCAUUUAUUGUAUUCAAUUUGAUGAGAACAUCCUUGCCAGUGGAAGUCGUGAUCGCACAAUCAAGCUAUGGGAUAUGCGGACAGGAAAGCACAUUCAGACCUUGCAACAUCAUUCAGCCAGUGUACUAUGUCUGCAAUAUGACGAUCGUUACAUGUUUAGUGGAAGCAGUGAUGCAAGCAUUAUCCAAUGGGACAUGACAACGAAACCUCGCCAAUAUAUGCGAACCCUUUUGGGCCAUUCGGAAAGUGUGCUCAACUUGAAAUUCCAUGGCAACCGCCUUGUCAGCUCCUCCAAAGAUUACACGGUGCGUAUUUGGGAUCUCGAGACGGGCACCACCCUCCGUGUUUUGAGAGGUCAUCGUGCAGCCGUCAAUGCUGUGCAAUUUUAUGGAAAUCAAAUCGUAUCCGCAUCAGGUGAUCGUACCAUCAGACUUUGGGAUAUGGAAACAGGCGCCUGUUUACGCUCUUUUGACUCUCACAGCCGUGGUAUUGCUUGCAUUGAAUUCGAUCGGGAUCGCAUCGUGAGUGGUUCCAGCGACCAAACCAUCAAAAUUUGGGACGCCAACACGGGUGCUUGCCUAUACACGCUUGCUGGUCACACCGAACUCGUACGUACCCUACGAAUGGAUAUCGAUGCAGAUCGUAUUAUCAGUGGCAGCUACGAUGGAAGUCUACGCAUAUGGAGUUUAAGUCAAGGCCGCCAUUUGAGGAACCUUGGUCAAGCCAUUGAAGGCCGGGUACUCAAUCUUCAAUACGACUUUGCUCGCAUCGUGUGCUGCUCCAAUUUGGGCAAGCUUGUAAAAUACGAUUUCGCCUACGGCAUUGAUACACAGUUCUUAAAAUGA